UUCCUGUGUGUUUGUCAUUUCAGAAAUGUCGGACUUUUAUUUUGAAACCGAUCAACUCCUCUGCCCCGGAAGCUGUCGUCUUUACUGCGGCUAACUUCACGCUGUUUAAUCAAGACGGUAGCUAGUAGCGGUUUCUUUGUUGUUCGUGAGAAAGUUUGUGUUGUGGUCCGUCAGAGCCUCUGUGUGUCCGGAUAAACGUGUCUGAAUGGACUUUGUGCUGUUCACCUUUUCUUUCUGGAUGUUUUACCUCUGACUCAUCUCCCGGUACACUAUAAACACAUUCAAGUUAGCUUAGCAUGCUAGCUGGUUAGCAUCGCGGCGCUAGUCAGAGUGACUGUUUGACGGAGAGCAAACUGUAUUUCUGACGGGGUUUGUGUCGAGAGAAAAUGUCUAAAGUCCAAACGGUGAGAGCGCUGGUGGAGCAGCGACUGACUGCGGUUGCUGAAGAGAUAUUUGGGCUGUUUGAAAGAACGAUAGCAGAGUACGAGGAGGAACUUUGUCGUUCAAGAGAGAAGAACGAGCGACAACAGAAACUACUGGACGCUGUUUUCAACCCUCAGCUUCACUCACAUAGAGCAGACAUCCAGCAGCUGUCGGUGAGUGAAGAAGAGUUUCCCUCUGAGCAGCAGGAGAGGAGCUCCACUCUGGAUCAGGACCAGGAGGAGCCAGAGCACCCACACAUUAAAGAGGAACAGGAGGAACCUUGGACCAGUCAGGAAGGAGAGCAGCUUCAGGCACCCACAUUCACUCCUGUCCCUGUGAAGAGUGAAGAAGAUGAAGAGAAACCUCAGUCCUCACAGCUUCAUCAAACACAAACUGAACAGAUGGAAACAGAAGCUGAUGGAGAGGACUGUGGAGGACCAGAACCAGACAGGAACUCUGGUCCAGAUCCGCAUUUACAACCUGACACUGACGACAAGCCUGCAAACUCUUUUGAACCUGAGACUGAUGACAGUGGUGAUUGGAAGGAGACAAGAGAACCUCAGUCAGGUUUUAACUGUUUGAAAAAAGAUGGUGGUCCUGCCAGAGAUUCCAGUUUUAGUGCUGGUGAGAAACGAUUUAGCUGCUCUGAGUGUGGGAAAAGAUAUUGCUACAAGUACCUUCUAAAGAGACACAUGGUCUCUCAUACUGGAGAGAAACCUUUCAGCUGCUCAGUUUGUAAGAAAUCUUUUGCCCAAAGAGAUAGUUUAAAGUCACACAUGAGACUCCACACAGGAGAGAAACUUUUCAGCUGCUCAUUGUGUGGUAGAUCUUUUACACGAAGUGGGCAUUUACAGCAACAUAUGAUAAUCCACACAGGAGAGAAACCUUUCAGCUGCUCAGUUUGUAAGAAAUAUUUUGCCCUCAGGGAUAGUUUAAAGUCACACAUGAGACUCCACACAGGGGAGAAACUUUUCUGCUGCUCAGUGUGUGGUAAAUCUUUUACACGAAGUGGACAUUUAGAGCAACAUAUGAGAUGCCACACUGGAGAGAAACCUUUCAGCUGCUCAGUUUGUCAGAUAUCUUUUACCCACAGAGAUAGUUUAAAGUCACACAUGAGAGUCCACACAGGAGAGUAACCUUUCACCUGCUCAGUUUGUGGUAAAGGUUUCUGUGGAAGUUGGCAUCUAAAGUCACACAAAAUAAUUCACACAGGAGAGAAACCUUUCAGUUGCCAUAUUUGUAGCAAAAGAUUUGCCUGGAUGUCACAUGUCAAAAAACAUAAAUGUGCUGGCCGCUUGUCCUCAAAGUGUCUUUAAACUAAGGAGAACAAAGAGGCAGAGCCUCCAGCCAGCAGCCCACAUGAAGAGAUUCAAACAGAAGCUGAUGGAGAGGACUGUGGAAGACCAGAAGCAGCCAGGAACUCAGAUCCAGAUGGACCAGGUACUGAUGAGAAGACUGGAGAUUCUCCUGAACCUGAGACUGAUGACAGUAGUGGUUGGAAGUAAACUGCCUGCUGUAAAUUCUUAGUAAAAGUCCUCAUCAGUGACAAUGAAAGCCUUUUUGUUAACCCCUUGGACCUUUGUGAGUGUGUGUGCGGAUUCAGUAUGAAGGCUCCAGAGAAGAUCAUCACAUAUUGGUAUGAAACUAGAUGAUCUUAGGAAUCCUUUUGUACAAAAUAUGUUGUGAUCUCUUGUUGGGAAGGGGGUGAAAUUUGUUGUUUAUUUGUUUAUUGAGCAUGUUAUAUAUCUAACAGUUGUAAUCUUUAUUAAACACAUCCAACAACAAUUCCAAGUAGAACUUUUAGAUAAGACAAGAAAAAUUAACUAAAAAACAAAAAUAAAUUAAUUAAUAUAUAAAAAUGAAAUUGUAUGAAAAUAUACAAAACUUUUUUUGUUAAAGUACUCCUUUUUCAAUCUCUUUAAAGGACUCAAGAAAGAUUUCCAAGUCUUUUUUAAAAUGCUACAAAGCUUGUAGUAACUAAUAUUUAUUCCUUGUGUAUGAAAUUUACCUGCAAUCACAAUAUAAUUAAACAAUACUUUCUUUUC